AUGAGCGCUCUCGCGGCGACGGCCAAGCCGACGACGAUCGUCUGGCUCCGCGACGAGCUGCGCGUCCACGACAACGCGCUGCUGGCGGAGGCGGCGGCGCGCGGCGGCCCCGUGCUGCCCGUCUACGUGCUCGACGACCGCGUCUUCGACGCGGCCGCGACGAGCGAGAGCGGCGGCAGCCGCAAGUGCGGCGCGAAGCGCGCGCGGUUCACGCUCGAGGCGCUCGACGACCUCCGCGCGACGCUCGGCGCGCGGGGCAGCGGCCUCGUCGUCGAGCGGGGCCGCCCGGCGGACGUGCUCGCGGGCCUCUGCGCCGCCGUCGGCGGCGACGCGACCGUGCUCUGCUCCGACGCGGCCUGCUCCGAGGAGCGGAAGGACGAGGCGGCCGUCGCAAAGGUCGCGCCCCUGGCCAAGGUCUGGGAGGGCACGCUCUACCACCCGGAGGACCUGCGCGGCGUCGCCUUCCACGACCUCUUCACGGCCUGGCGCACGAAGGUCGAGAAGGCGGGCACGCGCGUCCGCGGCGACGUCUUCCCGAAAGCCGCGACGCUGCCGGCGCCGCCGGCCGGCGUCGACGCGAAGCUCGCGGCGCCGCUCCCCACGCUCGACGCCCUCGGCUACGACGCGGCCGACGCGGCCUGCGACGGCCGCGGCGACUUCUUCGCGCCCGCGGGCGGCGAGACCGCGGCGCUCGCGCGCCUGCGCAAGUACGUCUUCGAGGAAGAUCGCCUCAAGGACUACUUCAACACGCGCGACGGCAUGAUCGGCCAGGGCUACUCGACGAAGCUCGCGCCCUGGCUCAGCCGCGGCUGCGUGUCGCCCCGCGCCGUCGCGCGGGCCUGCGCGGACUACGAGCGCACGCGCGGCAUCAAGAACAAGUCCACGUACUGGGUCGUCUUCGAGCUCACGUGGCGCGACUACUUCGUCUUCUACGCACAAAAAUACGGCUCCAAGCUCUUCCGGCCCUACGGCGUCAAGGACAUCCGCGAGCGCACGUGGCGCGCGGACCCGGAGGCGCUCCGGCGCUGGAAGGCGGGCGAGACGGGCGCGCCCCUCGUCGACGCGAACAUGCGCGAGCUCGCGGCCACGGGCUUCAUGUCGAACCGGGGCCGCCAGAACGUGGCGUCCUACCUCGUCCUCGACCUCGGCCUCGACUGGCGCCUGGGGGCCGAGCACUUCGAGGAGCACCUCGUGGACUACACGCCGGAGGCGAACUGGGGCAACUGGCACGCCGCCGCGGGCCUCUCGGGCGGCCGCGUGAACCGCUUCAACAUCCUCAAGCAGUCCAAGGACUACGACCCCAAAGGCGACUACGUCAAGCUCUGGAUCCCCGAGCUCGCCAAGGUGCCCGCGCCCCAGUGCUUCACGCCGUCGUCGCUGUCCAAGGCGGACCGCGAGGCCGCGGGCGCGGGCGACUACCCGGCGCCGCUGCCGACGCAGGGCUUCAAGUUCCCCGACGGCGCGCGCCCGGGCAAGAAGUCCCACCAGCAGGACCGCAAGGGCAAGGGCGGCGAGCGGGCCCAGAUCCAGCGCAAGCGCAAGCAGAAGAGCCGCGUCCAGGCCUCGGCCUGGGCCGAGUAG